AUGGAUGUGAUUCCGCCCGAGUACGACCCGGUGACUCGAGAACGCGUGUAUCGGCAGGAGUGGCUCGAAUACUUUCACUACAUCGGCUUUGAGACAGCGAUACGUGAUUACCCGGCUGAGUAUCGCGCCCUCUUCCCUCGUGGACAUCACAAGCCGCCAGCCAUGCCGCCUCCGCUGCCCGUCGGGGGUACGAAGUCUCAGACGGCACCCACCUCCGCAACCGCAGCAAACAUGUUCAUUGCCGAUGAUGAUGACAAGGAGGUCGGUAAAGGCAGUGACACGGAAGAUGACUGGUCCUCGCUCAUCUCUUCAUCCUCAUCUUCCGCAGCCUCGACGCCGCGCGAUGCACCCCGCGAGGACGCGCGAGCCGAAAAUGUUGAGCGGACGGCUCGCGACGAGCGCAGCAGUCGCCGGCAGACGUCGAGUCGCCAUGAUGACCGCCACCACUCAAGCCGACGCCACCGCGACCGAGACAGUGAUGAGCGUCGGCGGCGACACCAUAGCGACGAGGAGGAGCGACGGCAUCGGCACCGGCAUCACAGUUCUCGAGGAAGCGAUUAUCACCACAGCACCAGCAGUGGCACAAGCCGCCGCCGCAGACGCUCUGGUGACCGAGAUGGCCGUGACGGUCGUCGCUCGUCACGUGUGCACAGCAGCGAGGAAAGUAGUCGCCGCUAUCGCAGAGAGACGACCAGCGGCAGCUCGCGCACUCAUGCCUACGAGGACCGUCGUGAGGAUGCGCUACGCCGUCGCGAUAACGCCUAUAGGCGCUAG